AUGGCUGGCGUGCCAAAUCAUGACGACCGUCUCCGACAAGCAACAACGUCCUACGGUUCAUAUGCCGAUGUACCUCCAAACGCGCUCAAUUCUUCGCAUUACUUUCAGCCUCCCCCAGCUGUUUUCGACGUCACGCAACAGCACAAUGGCGAGGCUGUUUUGCGUCCUACCCCAUCGGCCUCACCGUCUUCCUUUUCCCAACCUUUUGAUCACCCAUCUUCUAUUAUGUCAUCUGCCUCAGGCGCGUCGGCCCAAAGUACGAGCUCUUCAAGCGGAGGCUCGCCUCAGCCACCUCCCUCUCACCAUCUUACUCAACAUGGAAAAUGGUCAGAGCCAUUACAUGGGCUAGGCAUAGGCCCUGGUAUCGUGAACACCGAUUCAGCUGCCCAUGAGACGUAUCCUCUCCAUGGCUUCGAACGCGACAUGAACCUGGAUGAUCAGAAGUAUCAGAACUACGUGGGUGAGUUUCAAAUCAAUUCUUCAACACUUCCUGGUAUAUCUCCGUCUUUGUAUGCCUCUCCGGUAUCUAGUACCUCUUCGCAAGAGUCUAUUUCUAUUUUCUCCUCAUCAACGCCAUCCUUGAAAUCAUAUUUCCUUCCGAAAGAAAUCACGAUUGAUUCUAUUCUCGAAGAAGCCAACCGCAAUACCAAUUCGACUGUGUCGCAACUGUCUGCCGUUUCGGCUAGCACCUCGACAUCUAUGGCAGGUAUGACUGCUCCAUCUCCAGCCCCAGGCGCCGGAAUACCUGGCCCGCCAGCAGCAAAUUCACCCUCUAGCAAUUCUCCGUGUUCUCCGACUAGUCUUCGUUUUGAGCAUGGUACUGUUUCUCAAUAUCCUAUUGGUCAUCCGGCUGUACCUCUUUCCUACAGACAAGAACGAUUUCAUUCUUCGCAAGAUCCUUUUUUCAAUCAAAGCAGUGGGCAGCCUUUCAAGGACCUGAAGGCGCAUAUGCUUACUCAUCAAUCUGAAAGGCCUGAAAAAUGCCCAAUAACAACAUGUGCCUACCAUGUGAAAGGGUUUGCACGGAAGUAUGAUAAGAAUCGACACACCCUGACUCACUACAAGGGGACCAUGGUCUGUGGGUUCUGUCCUGGCUCUGGAUCCUCAUCAGAGAAAAGCUUCAACCGAGCAGACGUGUUCAAACGCCAUCUUACCAAUCAGCACAAAGUGGAACAGACACCUCCCAACAGCCGGAAGAAAAUUCAAGGCAGUACACUCAACAAGAACGUUUCCACGCAAGCCAGUAACGAACUUUCCGGCAAAUGCUCGACUUGCCCGGCCAAGUUCGGCAACGCCCAAGAUUUCUAUGAGCAUUUAGAUGACUGUGUCCUUCGGAUCGUUCAACAGGAGGAGCCAAGUGAAGCCAUCAAUGAAUCGAUACUCCGGGGUGUCAACGACGACGAACAGGUCAGAGAGUCUCUAGACCGCCACAUGCUCUCCACAGACGUAGACUUCAACGUUGAAACUCUAAAUACUUCGGACGGCGAUGGCGAAGAGAACGAUUUUGAUGACGAGGAUUCAAAGGAUGACUCUAUGGAAUCCGAGUCUGGCCAGCAUGCUCCCAAAAACGGUCGCUCUGGCAAGGGGAGUCUUCCCCGGGGGCACCGCAAUCCGAGUUGA